CUUCAGAGACUCCAGUCAAGAGUGGUGGAAGGGAAGGGGAAAUGGAGGUUCUCCACAAUUUCGAAGGUCGAAAAUCUAUUAUUUAUUUUUUAAUAUUUUGUUAAUUAGUAAGUAAUACAAAAAACAGUUUCCCAACUCAAUGAUUAUCUCGUGAAAUAUAAGAAAAUAUUUCUUUUCCUGUGUACAAUGAAUUUAGAGAAGUUAAAAAUUUCUUUGAAAUGAAACACGAUAAUAAUGAUCGUGUGAUGUCAAAAUCACAGAAAGUUAUUGAUAUGCAAAUAAAUUGUUGGAGUUAAUUGACAUAGUGAGGGAGAAAAAAAAUCGGAUAUCAACACUAAUUGUGAAUAUCUUCUGUUUCUUCUCAAAAAUGCAACAAGAAGGCACACCGAAAUUCUUAAAAUUUCAUCAAGGAAGAGUCAGGGGUGUUGCUUUCAGUCCACGGGAUCGGUAUUUAUUUUGCUCGGGAGGCUACGAUGGCAAAGUUAAUCUCUAUUCAGCUUUGCGCAUGGAAUUACUUACAUGCUAUCAGAUAACUGCAAUGACACAAACACAAAAUGUCAAUGCUGUAAGAUUUACUUCAGACGGUUCGAGGGUUCUGGCUGCAACUAAUGCAAGAAGAUUAGUCGUUGUCGAUGUUGAAAGAGGAGAGCAACUUUUAGCCUAUGAUAAUUGUGCAUUCAACGGAAAUGGAAAUCGAACCGGAUUAGCUACUGAUCCCGCGGGACCAAAUUUAGCAAUUUCCGUUGCUGUCAAUGGAAAAGGUCUUACACUAGUCGAUCUUCGAAUGCCACUGCCAUUAGAUUUUGUGUAUGACCUUCACGGAUCAGUUAUAAGAGACAUUUGCUUCUUGCCUUCUUCUUGGCCGUGGCAGAAUUCCAUUCUAACCGGAGGAUCUGAUGGCACAUGUAAGGUUUCAUCACCCGAUGGCAGAGUUUUACAUACUUUCCAAACUGGACAUUCUGUUAAUACAGUUUGCGUAACUCCUGAGCCAUUUUGUCGAAGUGCAGAAGAUGGAUUUUACAGUUUAAUCAUGAGUGGCGGUGAUCUUGUUUCGGCUUACGUUCCCGACAGCGGGAUUCAAGAACAUCUCAAGGAACAGAAAGAUUCGCCAAUUUGGAAAAUGAGAUACACUUCGAACGGCAGUACGCUUUUCUCUGUUUGUGAUGGGGGAAUUUUGAGACGAUACAGAAGAUAUCCAGAUCAUCAUGAAUAUCUGGGAGAAGUUUAUCGGCACAAAGGAGAUAUUCAGGACGUAGAUGUUUCUCCGUACGAUGAAUAUAUUGUUACUGCCUCAAAAGAUCAAAGUGUCGGAGUACUUUUGCUAGGACCUCCGAAUCAUGGAUUCACUGAAUACACAGAAUUAACAUGAUACUGGUUUCUAAUGAAAUCCGUCCUUGUCAUUUUUUAAGUAGAAGCACUUGAGGUGAUAAACUCUGUAUAAUAUAUGCAAAAAAUGAAAAAAAACCUGAUGAAAAUUUAAUUGUGAAAGAACAAUGAUCAGGUUCAGUGUAAUUGUAUAUCACUCAUGAAGCUGUACAGCCUUGAUAAUUGGCUGUUCAAAAAAAAUUUUUGAUGUGUGUGGCUUAUUUAUAUUUUGUACAGAAUCCCCAAAAAAAAUGUUGUUACUGAUGUUAUAAUUUUACGGAAAAUGUUAAGGAAAUGGUACAAUUGCUUGUACAAUAUUUAUAAAUAAUAGGAACGAAUGCUUCAAGAAGAUCGCAGCUCAUUUCCACUAAUAAAACCUCAACACAUAUAUAUAUUUAAUAUAUAUAUGUUAGAAUUCUCUCAAGUAAUUUAAUAAGUGAGUGUCUCUCAUUUGUGUAAAUUUUUGUGCAUUCUCCAGCGAUUCGUUUAGAAUAUUUAGAUAAAUCUUAAGGUAAUUUUGUUAUCCUUUUUGCUCAUAAUUAAUAAUUCAAUCGUUGUGGUGCGAUACAUUUGUUUCUAUUCAAAUGUUUUAAUUAAUUGUGAAAACAUUUGUGAAUAUGUGGUACGAUUGAAAAUUUAAAUUUAUUUAAGGUGAUGAGGAAUGAAAAUUGCGAAUAUUUUUUUUUUCAGAGCACAUUUAGUGUUUAAUUCUUUGUUUUUGAGCUCUAAGAGCUUUUUUCGGCUUUAAAUAUUUUUAUUCAAAUAAUGUUCUUUUUGUCUUUAUUUUUUAUUAACAAGCAAAUGAAAGAAAUAGACUAAGUUCAUUGAAUGUUGAAACAUUUUU